AUGAAUAACGAAGAACCAUCUACGGACUAUGGUCUCUCGAGUGAGAUUGAUAUAAUAUUUUCAGAAAUGAAAGAAAACAAGAAAUUGAAGAAUACUGGCGAACCAAGCCAAGCUACAUCACUCCAGUUUGUUUCGCAAACUAACGACAAAACCAAUGCCAAAGACGUCUACAAAGAAGAUAAGCAUACGUCAUCGCAUGUGGAGAAUGCAGAUGAUAAAUUAAUUACAUGGGCUGCAAGGUUAGAGCUCGAAUCAAUAUCCUUGAAAGAAAUUGUUACUGGUAACUUGGGUCACAUAUUCAAACAGAACUAUGAUUUUUUGAAGGUUGCUUGUGAGGAGAUGACGACGAAAUUGAGCCAAAUGACAUGUCAGAUCGAGGAGGUGAAGAAGACGAGUAGCGGAUACGAUACAAAUGAAAAGUUGUUAGAGACUGUUAAUAUUUUAUCUGAAAAAGUUACAACUAUCGAAAAAAUGUUCAAACCUUGUUCCUCAAGAGAUACCAGAAAUAGCGUGGGGUCAAUUGAAACCUUCAUAGGGGAGCAAGUAGACUACACAUUAUCGAAUAAUAAAUUGCUAAAAGAGAUGAUCAAAAAUACAGACAAAACGUUCCACAGAUUAGAAAAAUUAGAAAGGUUGUUGCAAGAAACCAUUUGCGAGUCUACUAAAGCUAAUUCUAAAGAACAUAGUAAGAUAUGCAAUAUUCUUGAGUCCCAUGAUAAGGCAACUUUCGACAAACUACUAUCUUUGCAGAGAUUUAUCAGUGAUAAUGAUCGUGGAUCAAAUCAGUCCCUUUCACAAGAAAUAGUUUCCAUAAAGCAGUAUUUAAAAUUACUUUUACCGAGAAUCAUAGGUUUGGAAACUAAUUCUAAAAAGCUAUUUAAUGAUUACCAUGAACUCCAAGAAAAUUUAAAUACCCAGAUACACCUGAAUCCGACGAAAUUUGACAACAUCAAUCUGUCAGAGAAUCCUUUAGUUGACUCCACUGUAUGUAGUACAUCCAAGAGAAUCUUGGAUGAAGCUUCGGUUCCGGGUUCUACAAAUAUGAAUCAAAAGAAACGAAAGAUAAUAUAG